AUGGCUACUUCAAAUGCUUUUAUGUUGAAUUCAAAUCCAACUUCAAACUUAUUUACAGUUUCCAGUGAUUCUCAUAUUUCACAAUCAUCUAAUAAUAAAUCAUCUUUUGGUCGAGUUACAUUACCUGAUCAUCACAAAAGUAGCAUAUAUUCCAGUCGAAGAUCAUUACGAGCAUCAUUUAUUUCACCCACUGUGUUUCUAUCGAUGGCUGAAACUAGUUCAUCUUUACCACACAUGUGGAGAGAGAUUCAAGGAUCAGAUAAUUGGGAAGAUUUAGUUCAACCUUUAGAUCCACUUCUUCGUGAUGAAAUUAUACGGUACGGCGAAUUCGUUACCGCAUGUUAUAAAGCUUUCAAUCUUGAUGCGACUUCAAAGCGUUACUUGAAUUGUAAGUAUGGAAAGAAUAAUAUGUUGAAAGAAGUUGGAAUGGAGAAUUGGGGUUAUGAAGUUACUAAAUAUAUUUAUGCGACACCAGAUAUCAAUAUACCAACACAAGUUGGAAGCGGUUGCAGUCGCUGGGUCGGAUACGUUGCUGUUUCAACUGAUGAUGAAGUAAAGAGGCUUGGAAGAAGAGAUGUGCUGGUGACUUUCCGAGGCACGGUGACGAAUUCUGAAUGGAUUGCGAAUUUCAUGAGCUCUUUGACUCCAGCAAGAUUAAACCCUGAUGAAUCGUUAGAUGAUGUGAAGGUUGAAUCAGGUUUUCUCAACUUGUAUACAUCAGAUGAUAGUAGUUGUAAAUUCGGUGUUGGAAGUUGCCGCGAACAACUUCUUUCUGAAAUUUCCAGAAUUAUUUCCAAAUACAAAGGAGAAAACAUGAGUAUUACUUUGGCGGGGCACAGUAUGGGUAGUUCUUUAGCUGUACUUCUUGCUUAUGAUAUUGCAGAGCUUGGCUUGAAUAAAAUUGAGUCUAAGUGCGCUAAUCGAGAUAUACCAGUUACGGUGUACUCUUUUGGAGGUCCUAGAGUUGGAAAUUGCGGUUUUAAGGAUCGAUGCGAGGAAUUAGGUGUAAAAGUAUUAAGAAUUGUAAAUAUAAAUGACCCGGUUACAAAAUUACCAGGGGUCUUUCUAAAUGAGCAUUUCAGAGCUUUAGGAGGUAAAUAUGAACUACCAUGGAGAUUUUCAUGUUAUGCUCAUUUAGGAGUAGAACUUGCUCUUGACUUUUUUAAGAUGCAAGAUUUAUCUUGCGUUCAUGAUCUCGAUACUUAUAUCAAGUUACUUAGAUGCCCUAAAAUGGUUGAAGUUGCUGGUGGUGAUGGAGUUGAUUUCUUAAGCAAGUUAUGGACAUCAUCCGUCUUAUGUGCACAAAACUUGGAUACAUGGCAGUGGGAGUUUGCUGCGACAAACAUAGGCAACUUGGUUCAAGCUCUAACUAUCAUGUAA